AGCACGUGCAUACUAGAAUGGCGUAUGGGAAAAUACGGGAGCGUCUGCUCCUUAUACUAAGUUCUAUCGCGUGCAUUACUUUAGUUCAGUGCGGACGUGCAGUACAAUUGUCUAAAAAUGAAGACGCAAAUGAUGGUGGCAAAAUGAUAUCAGAACAAAGUCUGUUUGACCACGACGGAUAUGAGACUUUACCUGAUUUUGAAUAUCUCGGUGGUGACGCCAUUGUUUCUGGGCAAGUCAGUUCUUCUGAAGCAGCCUGGUAUGCCAUGUCUCCAAAGUUGAGGUGUGGUGACGAUUUUAUGAAGGUGCAGCUCAGUGGUCCUGAAGUAGCACAAAUUGAACUUUGUCAAGAUAAUGGGGCAGCUGUUCCCCUAAAUGAGUUGCCACCUCACUGUGGAUCUACCAUACCCACUUACGGAGGUGUUACCUAUGCUACCCCCUAUGAUGGAUGUGGUGUUGCACAACAGGGAGGGAGUUAUGUGAUGCAGAUGCAAUGGCAGGGUAGCCGUGCAGUCAUUUCUUGUCCCAUGACCUCUACAACUGCAAAUGAAACCUUCAUAGGACCUCAUUCUGCUAAAUAUCCACAACUUCUGCUUCCACUUUAUCCUGAUAAAUUUACUCCACAAAAAAGUACAAUGCCAGAACCAUCUGCAGCACACAAACCUCCACCUUAUGGGUACCCUGAAGUGUUUCCACAAGCAGGGAAACCUCUAUCAGAUGCCCAAGUACCAAACCAGAAACCUCAGUUUCCAAAGGAUCCCCAUAUGAUGUGGCCAUAUCCCAUAGCUAAACCAGGAGGGAAACUUCCAUCAGAUGCCCAAGUGCCAAACCAGAAACCUCCAUUUCCAAAGGACCCCCAUAUGAUGUGGCCAUAUCCCUACUCCCAAUCCCAGUAUCCUGGUAAGGGCUAUCCCACAGCUGAGCCUGCAGGGGAAUCUUCAACAGAUGACCAGGCACCAGACCAGAAACCUCAGUUUCCAAAGGAUCCCCAUAUGAUGUGGCCAUAUCCCAUAGCUAAACCAGGAGGGAAGCUUCCAUCAGAUGCCCAAGUGCCAAACCAGAAACCUCCAUUUCCAAAGGACCCCCAUAUGAUGUGGCCAUAUCCCUACUCCCAAUCCCAGUAUCCUGGUAAGGGCUAUCCCACAGCUGAGCCUGCAGGGGAAUCUUCAACAGAUGACCAGGCACCAGACCAGAAACCUCAGUUUCCAAAGGAUCCCCAUAUGAUGUGGCCAUAUCCCAUAGCUAAACCAGGAGGGAAGCUUCCAUCAGAUGCCCAAGUGCCAAACCAGAAACCUCCAUUUCCAAAGGACCCCCAUAUGAUGUGGCCAUAUCCCUACUCCCAAUCCCAGUAUCCUGGUAAGGGCUAUCCCACAGCUGAGCCUGCAGGGGAAUCUUCAACAGAUGACCAGGCACCAGACCAGAAACCUCAGUUUCCAAAGGAUCCCCAUAUGAUGUGGCCAUAUCCCAUAGCUAAACCAGGAGGGAAGCUUCCAUCAGAUGCCCAAGUGCCAAACCAGAAACCUCAGUUUCCAAAGGACCCCCAAAUGAUGUGGCCAUAUCCCUACUCCCAAUCCCAGUAUCCUGGUAAGGGCUAUCCCACAGCUGAGCCUGCAGGGGAAUCUUCAACAGAUGACCAGGCACCAGACCAGAAACCUCAGUUUCCAAAGGACCCCCAUAUGAUGUGGCCAUAUCCCAUAGCUAAACCAGGAGGGAAGCUUCCAUCAGAUGCCCAAGUGCCAAACCAGAAACCUCAGUUUCCAAAGGACCCCCAAAUGAUGUGGCCAUAUCCCUACUCCCAAUCCCAGUAUCCUGGUAAGGGCUAUCCCACAGCUGAGCCUGCAGGGGAAUCUUCAACAGAUGACCAGGCACCAGACCAGAAACCUCAGUUUCCAAAGGAUCCCCAUAUGAUGUGGCCAUAUCCCAUAGCUAAACCAGGAGGGAAGCUUCCAUCAGAUGCCCAAGUGCCAAACCAGAAACCUCAGUUUCCAAAGGACCCCCAAAUGAUGUGGCCAUAUCCCUACUCCCAAUCCCAGUAUCCUGGUAAGGGCUAUCCCACAGCUGAGCCUGCAGGGGAAUCUUCAACAGAUGACCAGGCACCAGACCAGAAACCUCAGUUUCCAAAGGAUCCCCAUAUGAUGUGGCCAUAUCCCAUAGCUAAACCAGGAGGGAAGCUUCCAUCAGAUGCCCAAGUGCCAAACCAGAAACCUCCAUUUCCAAAGGACCCCCAUAUGAUGUGGCCAUAUCCCUACUCCCAAUCCCAGUAUCCUGGUAAGGGCUAUCCCACAGCUGAGCCUGCAGGGGAAUCUUCAACAGAUGACCAGGCACCAGACCAGAAACCUCAGUUUCCAAAGGAUCCCCAUAUGAUGUGGCCAUAUCCCAUAGCUAAACCAGGAGGGAAGCUUCCAUCAGAUGCCCAAGUGCCAAACCAGAAACCUCCAUUUCCAAAGGACCCCCAUAUGAUGUGGCCAUAUCCCUACUCCCAAUCCCAGUAUCCUGGUAAGGGCUAUCCCACAGCUGAGCCUGCAGGGGAAUCUUCAACAGAUGACCAGGCACCAGACCAGAAACCUCAGUUUCCAAAGGAUCCCCAUAUGAUGUGGCCAUAUCCCAUAGCUAAACCAGGAGGGAAGCUUCCAUCAGAUGCCCAAGUGCCAAACCAGAAACCUCCAUUUCCAAAGGACCCCCAUAUGAUGUGGCCAUAUCCCUACUCCCAAUCCCAGUAUCCUGGUAAGGGCUAUCCCACAGCUGAGCCUGCAGGGGAAUCUUCUACAGAUGACCAGGCACCAGACCAGAAACCUCAGUUUCCAAAGGACCCCCAUAUGAUGUGGCCAUAUCCCAUAGCUAAACCAGGAGGGAAACUUCCAUCAGAUGCCCAAGUACCAAACCAGAAACCUCAGUUUCCAAAGGACCCCCAAAUGAUGUGGCCAUAUCCCUACUCCCAAUCCCAGUAUCCUGGUAAGGGCUAUCCCACAGCUGAGCCUGCAGGGGAAUCUUCUACAGAUGACCAGGCACCAGACCAGAAACCUCAGUUUCCAAAGGACCCCCAUAUGAUGUGGCCAUAUCCCUACUCCCAAUCCCAGUAUCCUGGUAAGGGCUAUCCCACAGCUGAGCCUGCAGGGGAAUCUUCUACAGAUGACCAGGCACCAGACCAGAAACCUCAGUUUCCAAAGGACCCCCAUAUGAUGUGGCCAUAUCCCAUAGCUAAACCAGGAGGGAAACUUCCAUCAGAUGCCCAAGUGCCAAACCAGAAACCUCCGUUUCCAAAGGACCCUCAUAUGAUGUGGCCAUAUCCCAUAGCUAAACCAGGAGGGAAACUUCCAUCAGAUGCCCAAGUGCCAGACCAGAAACCUCCAUUUCCAAAGGACCCCCAAAUGAUGUGGCCAUAUCCCUACUCCCAAUCCCAGUAUCCUGGUAAGGGCUAUCCCACAGCUGAGCCUGCAGGGGAAUCUUCUACAGAUGACCAGGCACCAGACCAGAAACCUCAGUUUCCAAAGGACCCCCAUAUGAUGUGGCCAUAUCCCAUAGCUAAACCAGGAGGGAAACUUCCAUCAGAUGCCCAAGUGCCAAACCAGAAACCUCAGUUUCCAAAGGACCCCCAAAUGAUGUGGCCAUAUCCCUACUCCCAAUCCCAGUAUCCUGGUAAGGGCUAUCCCACAGCUGAGCCUGCAGGGGAAUCUUCUACAGAUGACCAGGCACCAGACCAGAAACCUCAGUUUCCAAAGGACCCCCAUAUGAUGUGGCCAUAUCCCAUAGCUAAACCAGGAGGGAAACUUCCAUCAGAUGCCCAAGUGCCAAACCAGAAACCUCAGUUUCCAAAGGACCCCCAAAUGAUGUGGCCAUAUCCCUACUCCCAAUCCCAGUAUCCUGGUAAGGGCUAUCCCACAGCUGAGCCUGCAGGGGAAUCUUCUACAGAUGACCAGGCACCAGACCAGAAACCUCAGUUUCCAAAGGACCCCCAUAUGUGGCAGAAACCGCAUCCCCCAGUUUACCCUGGAAGUCUGUUCCCCCAGUAUAGCCAUUUUCCAGAUUAUUUGCAGCAGUUUUAUUCACAACACCCUGUGCAGCCUCUGAAAACCCCUACUGCACCACCUAUAACCACCACUCCUCAACCCUGUACUACAACUGCAGCUGCUGAAUGUGUUCCUUCUGCCAACCAGCCUCCCAAAGAGCCACCCCAAUACUAUAAACCACCCAGUUAUAUGCGUUAUGAAAAAGACCCCUUUGCACUUAAAUUUGUGGAUUUUUCCGAAAUUGAUCGCAAAUCCUUCCCAAGAAGUUGAGUACCAAGGAUGUCCAUUUAAGAUUAGGUUGGUAAUGUCAUCCAUGUGGCUUUGAAAAAAAAAAAAAAAGGUUUGCCUCCUGAUUUUAGUGCUAAUAUAGGUUGUAAAUGGGGUGACCGCAAAGUGACUCCUGUGCAUUUGUUUUGUCCUUGUACUCUGAAAUGAUUCAAUAAAUCAAAUGGUCAAA